AUGCGCCCCGCCCUUCUCGCAGCAACCGCCUUCGCGGCUCUGACCCACGCGCUCCCGCUCACGGCGCCAGAGCCGCAGCUCGUCGACGCCAGCCCGGACGCGACGAUUGGGCUUGGCAAACCGAGCUCGGAAACUACAUGGGGCAGGCGCGAUAUUGUCGAUGUGAAGCCCGGUUCUACGAUUGAACUGGGUAAGCCAAGCUCAGAAACUACCUGGGGCAAGCGCGAUAUCAUUGAUGUGAAGCCGGGUUCUACGAUUGAAUUGGGUAAACCUAGCACGGAGGUCAUCUGGGGGAAGCGCGAUAUCGUCGAUGUGAAGCCAGGCUCGACCAUCGGCCUGGGCAAACCGAGCUCGGAAACUACCUGGGGCAGACGUGAUAUUGUUGAUGUCAAGCCGGGCUCGACGAUUGAACUGGGCAAACCAUCGUCUGAGACCACCUGGGGCAAACGAGAUAUCGUCGACAUCAAGCCAGGCUCGACAAUCGAGCUGGGCAAGCCGAGCACUGAGGUUAUCUGGGGGAAGCGCGAUAUUGUUGAUGUGAAGCCUGGUUCCACAAUCGAGCUGGGCAAGCCGAGCACAGAGGUCACUUGGGGCAAGCGUUAGGGGACACGCACGCGCGGCUAGGCAAAGAGGAGACGUGUUGGGUAGCAAUUGAAGGGUGUUGUUCUUCUAUACUAUGUGCUUAAAAGCUGCUGUGGGCUGGUUUGUGUGGGCUCUAUCGUGCCGAGUUGCUGGUCGAUGAGGCUGGCGCUGGCUCUGAGGCAUGCUGCGCUAUCGUGCCUCUCUGGCGAGGCCACUGUGGUGUGCCACGUCUCCCGUUGAAUCGCCGCUUGCAAACCAUGUUGCAAUGAAGACAUACCUCGUGGUUGCUAAUGACGCGAUUUCGAUGUGAAGCUGGGCGUGUAGCGUCGGCUCUUCGUAGGUAUAUUGCCUAAAUGU